AUGAAGAGGGUUAAGCUGUAUCAUUCAGCUUGGCUAUUGGCUUGGCACCAGCCAAGCCAUCUUCUGGUCCAGAGCUGUAGUUCAAAUAUUUGUAGUAGCAGCAGCAGCAGGGGCAGAGAUAUAAUUGAGCACACUGGUCUCACAAACCUCCUCCAGGCCUACCUCGCUCGUCUGUAGCAACCCUACCUCACAGCAAGCGGAGGGUGAGGCUCAAGGAACCUAACCGCUCCCCCCGCCCAAUUCCCAUUGACUCAAGGUUUCGUUAUUUGUGGUUUCCGUAUUCGUGCCUAUAGGCCCCCUGCCUUCAUGAAACUGCAAUCAAUGUAUUUGCAUGGAUAAAUUAACACAGCUUGCAGGGAAGUAACCACAUGGAAGAUUUUCAUUCUGAUUGUAAUAACACAUAAAUAAAAGGAAGCCCUUGUAUCCCCAUUCUGCCUUCUGAACUUGAAAGAGUAGUUGGGAGACAGGCAUUCUAGAUGUGCACAUAUCCCAUAUGACAGCAACAGCAAUCAGAAUGAAGCUACAAGGUGGCAUUUGAUUGAUGGUGGUGGACCUUUAUCUCAAGCAUGUACCUUCACGAUUCUUCCAGUUUCACCAGAGAAUCCUUCAGCAGAGCUUAUUUCAUGAGUCCCAGAUUCCUUCUGAAUCUGGAUUCCUGAGAUUCACAUUUGUUCCUUCAUUUGGAAAACUGCCCACUCAGUUCUGCAUUGCUGAUGAUGUGACAACAGUUCAGGCUGAAGCGGUUUCCGAAAGCCAGGCCUUAAGAAGCGGAAACAAGGGAAACGGUGAAGCUACCAGUUGCACAAAGAGUAGCCACGUACAUUUCCAGCCCAAAGAGCCUAACACAAUCAAAGGGAGAAUGGAGGCAAAUGACCUUUUCAAAGCUGAAUUUGUCUUUAUUACGGACUCAGAUGAAGACAAAAAAGCGACUGUAGGCAAUAGCUAUGGGCAAGAAAGAUCCAAGAUUUUAGAUACACCAUACAUGUCUACCAGUGGCAAAUCAAGAAGAGAGAUGAUUGAUCCACAGCUAUCACAUACUGAACUUCCCCACAAUCCUGCCAGUCAACAACAACCAUCUCAGUUAACUUCUCCUCUGUCUACCUCUGGUCAUCUUUCCCAUAAGUCUCCUGUUACCUGUUUACUUUCUCCAACUAUCCUGAAAGUAGAGCCUGAUUCAGCUCCUUCUCUCCAUCAAGCCUCUUCUCUGCAGGAAUCCCAUAGCCAAUGGCAGUCUUCCAAUGGAUCCUCUAUACAGCAGUCGUCUACCUAUAUACAGUCUACUGCUUCUUACAGUUCACCUUCUUCCAUAACGAAAAGACCUCCCUUCCCAUUUCACAGCCUUUCAGACAGUGCACAGUUACCCAGUAGUCUCCAGGCUGGCAAUCUUCACAAAAUAUCAGAACCCAAUUGGUCACUUUUACCAAAUAAUGACUCACCUCCACAGGCUCCCAGUUCAGCAGCUAGUCUCCAGAGCUCCUCCCCUCAGGCUCUUUCUCCUCCUCCUUCCAAGAGAUUUACUGUGUUGUCUGCAGUCCCUAUGAAUAUCACAACACACUUAUUAUCUCCUAGUCCACAGCCUCUUUCUUCUCCUUUUCAUGGUUCUUCCUCAACCAUAUGUAGCAUAAACUACCCCUGUAGCCAAACGUCAUCUAGUGGAAACCUUCUGAAGUCUGGAAUUAGAUCUCCUGUGCCAACCAGGCUCUCCCUUUUGACUGCUAUUCUGAAGUCAGCAUCUUCUCCCAAAAGGCCAUUUUCUCCUGACUCUUGUCCUGCCACAUUGUCUCCCAGUUCUUUAGGCUCUUCAACCCCCACAACAGACCAGAAGUUUAAAACAACCCCUCCAAUUCCCAAGAAAUGUGUCUCAAGUUUUAGCAUUAGGGCUGAUUCUCCAGGCCAAGAUGAAGUUCACCUUUCAGUAUUUUCUACUACGCCAAAUCACAUGGACCGGUACUCAAAGUCUAGUCCUACUCUUGGAAUCAGGUCCCUGUCCCCUAAAUGGCACCUUGAUGCCCGGGCAUGUUCUCCUGACAAAUUACGCCCUUUGUCACCCACCAUUUCUUCCUAUAGAAAAACUGUGGUGUCUCCUCUAUUACAGCCCAAACUGCCCAGUUUUUCCUUACCUCCCCAUGCCCCAAGGAAUGCUUCUUCUCUAAUAACCUCCAAAGGGGUCUGUUCUCCUGCCCACAGAACCCGAGGGCCUGAGAAGUCCAAGAGGGUACAUAGCUACUCUCCCACGUUUACUGCCACGUCCUUCCCAGUGUCUUCUCCUGCUCCUAACCAAAGGAACACACGCUCCCCCACUUCAGAAAAAGGCUCUUCUCUUUCACCAGCCUUAAAACACCCAACUUCUAAAUCAAGAGAACGACUGCCAAAAGUCUCUGUUAAAAACUCAAAUACCCAUUCACCAGCUCCUUCAGCUCACUGGCCUUUUUCUCAUACAGAUGCCACCUCACCUUCACGUCCAAACUAUAAUGUUAAGCCCCUUUCAACACAGAUUAAUUCCUCCUCAGUUCACUCAAGCUACAGAGCUUGCCCUGCCUCUUCAAGACCGAGGACUCCAACCGUAACCCAGCCUAGAUCUCCUCCCAUGGCACACUCACCUUGCUCACUGCUGUCAAGAUCCAGGGAGCUGACUUCACCCCUUUCUUUCUCUCUGCCUUCUGACCCUGACAAUAAGACUCCCAAGUCACACAAGAUCAAGACAAGCUACAAGGCUUUUGCUGCAAUCCCUACAAACACACUCCUCCUGGAGCAGAAGGCACUUGAUGAACCAACCAAGAUGGAAGGAGUGGGUGAGGACUCAGAUUUGGAUACACAUUCAGAGGUGUGCUCCCCUGCCCAGCUGAGGCAACAAACUGAAGAGCUCUGUGCUGCUAUUGAUCAAGUCUUACAGGACCCCCUGUCUAUGCGCCGAUGUGAUUCUUCUCCAAGCUCUUUGCAGAGUGUACUGGAUUCAGAUAUAGGCAAAAUAUCUACAGCUUCCCAGAGACCAGGUGGACGGAAAACAAAAUUUGCGAACCUCAACUUAUUGGCACCUACAGUGACUGAGAGUCAAAGGACGAAGCCUGGUGUCAUCCGGCCAACGACUGUGAAAGCAAAAAUAAUAUUAAAAGAAGAGGAGCCAGUCCAACCAAACCCAUUCAAAAAGUACUUAGAAGAAACCAGUGAUCUCCAAAUGGAACAGGACUCAUCUCUUUUCCAUCCUUUUCCCCAUACUAAACUGAACCUUUCUACUAAGUCCCCAUUACAUCCACAGUUCAUCUCCCAUGCUGACUCUCUAACUCCUGGACCUUUCAGCCAUUUGAGUUCCAUCUUUGGUGACACCCAUGACAAUUCUUAUAGUCCUUACCGUCGCAAUGCUUUAUAUAAUAAGCCCACUCAUCCGAUAGUGCCUAUUCCGGAAAAUGAAGCACUCAGCUCUAAAGAGCUUCAUUCUGCUCCAGUACACAAUGAGAACGAUCUGCUGCCCCACCAGGAAAACAAGAGUCUAAGCAAAGGAAACUUUCGAGACAAUGGGAGCCCUUCCAGCAGAGCUCACUCACUUCUUAGCAGGGAGCCGGUGGAUGUUUUUGCAAAAUCCAGCUGCUAAGGCUGCCACUGUGAGAUGUCCGGUUGAGGAGUUGGCCCAGACAUGCUUAGGAUUAGAUGCUCAUUGUAGAGAAUACUUACCAGCUGGUGCAACGCUGACAUGAAACCCUUGUGAAAGUGAGCUGACAUGUUGCAACUUAAAAUUGCCCCUCUCUAUUCACUGCAAAAUACCAGUAGUACACAACAUUGUUUUCAGAAGGUGAUAAUGAACAUGGCAACCCAAGAUGCCAGAUGACUAUGGAAAAGUUCUAUACAAUCUCCCAAAGUGCUUGAUGAACUUUUAAUGAAUGUGUCAAAGAAAACAGCACAAUAUAUUGCUAUUUACAUUUUGCAAUGAAAUAAAGUUUAACUACAUGUCUAUAUUGUUUAAAGCAUUUAUCAUGAAUCAUUAUUAUGUUUACUGAAUCCCGGUUACAAGCAUUUUAGAACAGACAAUUGACAGUUUUAUAUUAUCUGUUACUAUAUUCUGCUUAGUUACAUAAAAAUAAUGGUUGCUAUAAGACAUUGUCAAAUUGUGUACACACGAUUGCUGCAACCACAUUUAGAAUGUUCUUCCUUCCAUACAAUAUUCAUGGAUCAUUUUUCCCCCUGACAGUAUCGUAAAUCUUAUGCUGCUGAAAUAAAAGAAUGGUGUUACUCUC